CAAGCAGAAGGGAGAGUGAAGCAGCCCGCAGCCCUCCUACAGCCCGACAUGGCCAAGGCAGCUGGGGCGUUCUUUGUCCUCCUCCUCCUUACUGCGCUGUGCUGCCAGAGCCUGGCCCAGAGAGCCCCAGCUGUGCCUGACAAGUGCUGCUUCAACUUUCAUACCAGAAGGAUCAAAAUGGACAACAUCGUCGCCUGCUAUGCCACCAGCCCUCAGUGCCCACACCGAGCUGUGAUCUUCAAGGUGAAGAAUGGCAAAGAGAUCUGCACCCCAGCAGACAGGAUGUGGGUGAAGAGGUACCAGCAGAGGUUCCAGGUCAGCUCCUACUCCAUCCCCAGCUAGAAGAGCCACAAUAGCAGCAUAGGGCCCUUGGAGGCAGCCUUAUCACGGAGAUGGGGAGACCAGGAGCAAUGCGAGUCCUCCCCGUCUCAGCCCUGUGCUAUGCAGAUAAGCAUCACUCACCUCCAUGUUUUCUUUCCAUUUAUCCCACUGUGAGAUCCUGGAGCUCUUAGCAUCACUGUGCACAGAUUUCCGUAUCUCCUGCAUCUCUCGCUCUUCUCCACCCUGAGACCAUGGCUGGACUGGGUCUUAGGCAGGGGACAACUGCUUUGCAUGUCAGUGUCACUGUGCUCCUUGGGCUUUUUGCAGUGCAGGGGUUAAUAGGGAGUAGCAUCACUAAUGCUUCUUAUACAGCACUGUAAACAGAAUUAAACUCAACCUUGUGUAUGCAAACAUCUGGCUGUGCAAGUGUCUGGGGAGCAGAAGAGUUCCUGCUCUUGGCUUGCUUUGGGUAAGAAAUGUCAGCUGUGAGAGCUGAACUCAGUAAAGGGGUGGGAAGAGAUGAUGUUGUGGUCACUCUUCUCAAUUCCUUUUUGGAAGAAUCUGGGAGUACAUAGAGUCAAGCAGUGUCCACAUGGGACCUGGGGAAGCCAUCUGCAAAAGGGGCAAGAAGUGAGCACAUCUCUGGGUGCCAAACCUGAAAAGAGGGGUCUUCCCUUGCUCUUCAUCAGCCAUCCCCAGACAAAAUUCAACUUGAGCUGCACAGUUAGGCCCUGGUAACAACUCACAUGCCAGGGUUGCCUUGAGGAGAUGCAA